AUGUCGUUUCUCAAGUUGUUCAAAAAGAAGGAAGUUGAUGACCGCUCCUCUAGCAAUCAUGCACACAAACAGCAACAACAAAUUCCAACUGCUUCUGUGAUAAGUUCACCAAUUGCUACAAUUUCCGAACCUAAACAAGUUCUAGAUUCGUCCAAAGUUUCGAAUGAUGCAAACGAAUUGAGCUUUUCUACUCUUGCAAUUUGUUCCGAUAGGAAAGUAGAGAAGGUUAGUGAUUUGGCACCUCCUCUUCAUCUUUCCACAACUUUCUCUCUCGAUUCUGAUGUAAAUGAUGGAAAUAUUUAUUCACGUGUUCGUAAGUAA